AUGCCACCCUUCCCGGCGGGAGAGGUUCCUCGAGUGCAGGAGGAUCCUGCUGCCCCCGCAAGCGCUAAGGGACCGUCCAGCGCUGGAGGAAGCGUGAGCAUGCCCUCGUUGAAUCCCACGUCCGGAUCCCCCGCAGCCACGGCACCGCCUGAAUCCUCCUCGUCGACAUCAGUGACGGCAUACACAGUCUCAGUUACACAGCCAGCUGAGACGUCAGCCGCAUAUGCUGCAGCGACGGCGACCUCACCGCCGGCGGCUCAGGUGCCAGCCUCAAUUUCGGUGCCAGCCUCAACAACUCCUCUGCCUCCAGCACGCGUCUAUUCACCCCCCGCACCAGGCCGACGACAUGCUCACCAGGCAACGCUCAGCAAUGCGACCUCAACGUCGCUUUCUGUUUCAACCGCAACAUUUAACACGACCGAGGACCGGCAACAGCUGAGUGAACCCGCAGACAUCGACGCGGCAGUUCGACAACUGCUCAACCAGCAGGCGGACAUCCAGUCUCACCUCAACGCUCUCCUCAUAACUCAGAAUGGCUUCGAUCCCACCCACGAGCUUCAGAUGCUUAUGCAUAAGUCUCGAGUAUUAGAGAAUGUUGCCCAUCAUCACGGCUUGAACUCUCAAGUUCCCAUUCUCUCCGAGGCUGAGGGAGCGCGAGCACUGCAAUACCGUUGCGAGUGUCUCGAGGCCGCAUGCAGCCAGGACGCUGAUAUUGAUAUCUUGGAGGCACUCCAGUCGUCUUCGUCGCACGGACCCCGGGGAUUCGACAGCUGGUUGAGGAAGCAUGUUGAGCUUCACGACCCCUUCAUCCGCCAGGGCACCACUCGGUCCUGUCAUGACAAUCCCGAGCCAUCUACGAUUGCUCCGCCCACCCACCAAGGUUCAGGGUCAUUCUCUGUAUUCAGGUGUUGGAACGAGCGCUGUGUCCACUAUGUUUAUGGAUUCACCGACCAGACUGAGCGCGACGCACAUAUGCGCGCCCACUCAGGGGGGUACUUUACUAAGCGCGAUUCAGGCCUGUCGCUCAUCAACACGCCUCCCCUCGUGCCAAAGCAGCCAGGCAUAAUACCACCGAAUUCUGCCGACAGUACCGGCGUCUUCUCACCAACCAAGCUGCAGCGACCGGGCGUGCAGGGACCAGUGGCACAACCUGUGCUCAGCGUGCAAACACAGCCUGCCAGCAGACGGGGCUCUGCGAUUGGCUUCAACCUUCCGAGCAGCCUCCCUCCCACCAGAGCUGCAUCAGUUGAGCUGGAUCUUGACCCUUUGCUCCCACCUCUCAAGAGGAGCAGAGUCGGGCACUCACGGCUUCAGUCUAUUGGCGAGCUCCAACUACUACGCGAACAUGACCCUUGUCUUCGGUGCAAAGUGUCGCAUAGAGCUUGUGAUGCUGGUCGUCCUUGUAAUUACUGUUCGGAGCAUCCGCCAUCGAGGUCUGAGGAGCACUGGAAAGCUCUGGGCUGUUAUGGAGGCUCGAUCGCCUCUCUGGUGGACGUGUUCAUGCCUGCUCCCGUCUCGCCCAGACAGACUAGGACACCGGUAACAUCACCACUGGCCCAACGACGCACCGCCAAUGACUAUCUUCAGAGAAUGUACGCAUUUUCAGAUAACACCAUGGAUGUUGUCAAGGAAGUUCUCGACUUCAAGGACAACUUUUGGUGGUCCGGGCAACUGGACCAACGACCAAGCUCCAUCCUCCAUGCGAGCGACUCGAGCCGCGAUACGUCUUAUUCUGCACCGCCAAUCCUCGUCGCACUGGCGUCCAGUUACAAUUGCCAAGACACGACGUAUGAUUUGCUGGAACUGCUCAACAUCACGGGCUUCCUGUCCGCCACCAGAACGGCCGAGGAGGCGACCUACCCCGUACUGUACAGGGCUAAGCUCCUGCUCAGGGAGGUGGUCUUUCUCGACAUUGUGCAGAAUAAGCCAGCAAUCGAAAUCGAUCUGAACCAUCAGCGCAUGCACCCGCCUGAAGAGAUCGACUCGGACGAGCAACUCCGGUUAGUUCAGGACUGCCUUGCCCGUUACCUUCAGGUAUUCGAAGCAACACUGUCGGUGAAGAGCAGCCUUCGCGUCAGAGAGUGGCUCGCAUUCUUCCACUCGCUGUGCAUUUUCAGCGUGGUGCGGACUAUCCUAGCGGACAUGGCCAUGCUUUCGGCGCCGCCGCUCCGUCGGUCCACGGGAACGACCACUGAGCAUGGUAUCCGCACUAUGCACAGUGCUUACAAAGCUGUCGUGGAUUAUUUUGCCGCUUCUGGUCCUGCUCCUAUGGACAGACUGGCCAAUAAUGCGAGUGAGGAGGACAUGUCCAUUCUUGACGCAACCAACCAGGUGACGAGGAGGGAGAUGUGGCGAGCUAGGGGCAUGCAGUCCAGCUUCGACUUCUUGAUGAGUCUCGGUGGCACUGACCGUGACAAUACCAGUUUCCUCGGUUUUAUCAGGCCUCGCCACAGCCGGGUUGAGCUGCACUCGGAUCAGCUCCGUUCGGCUGUAGAACCCGGCGGCGAAACGCCACGGGUCGGAAGCUUGUUUAAGCCAGGCGUCUCGUGGAAUUCGCCAGUUGAAGCCAAGACCGAGCAGUCACCUCAUGACCCUGGAGAUGCACUCAAGUCGCCUCGCUCUCAGGUGCAUGGGAGGAAUCGUCGGCAUACACUCGCCGAACCCCCCCUGUUUCCGCAACGAGCGCAGCACCUAAUCAACACGCCCAUGGCACCCUCGCGAUUCAAGGCAUAUCAAAGAAUGCCACUCGUCAAGCGAUAUGUAUGCAAGGAACCGGCAAGCCAGGUUCCCAACGCCCCCCAGCCUGUGAUUGCCCUGUCAAAGUGCAAGGCCUGCUUGAUGCGGAAGCAGUACGGAGCCUAUUACAAUGCGGCGGCCCAUUUACGGCGUGCUCACUUUAACCCUCACAAGGGAGGUAAGGCAAGUGGCGACUGGCCUUCGAUGACUGUCCUUCGCGAAUGGAUGCACGAGGUGCAUCAUCGCUCUGACCAUCCGCAAGACGAUGAGUCGUCCAGUGGUGGUGAUGAUGAGGACACAAAAGCCCCUACGCCGGCAAGUGACUUCUACGGCCCCGGCGGGACAUCAAUGUUGGAUACCACACGCACGGGGUUUGGCCAGUCGUCGUCGUCGUUGUCGGCCUAUCAGCUAGUCUCGCCUGCUACGGACGGUCCGUGGAGUGCCAUUCAGGCCAGUCCGUCGACAUGGUCGGCCGCUGGUGAUCAUCGUAACCGCUGCCCUUUCCCCGACUGCGGCCGCAUCUUCAAAGAUCUCGCAGCCCAUCUCCUGACACACCAGGAAGAACGGCCGGAGAAGUGCCCUAUCGAGUCGUGCGAGUAUCACACAAAGGGCUUCGCGCGUAAGUACGACAAGAACCGCCACGCCCUGACGCACUACAAGGGCACCAUGGCGUGUCCCUUUUGCGCGGGCGUGGGCACCGCGUACGAGAAGACGUUCAAUCGAGCCGAUGUGUUUAAGCGGCACCUGACGUCGGCACACAAUGUAGAGCAGACACCGCCCAACACGCGCAACUUUUUCUUUGGGGAGUCGGGGGUCGUCACGGCCACGGCCCCGUCCGCACCUGUGGACGUUGCGGUUGGCGGCGCCCUGUGCUCCAUCUGCCAGACGCGGUUCGCCAGCGCGCAGGACUUUUAUGAGCAUCUCGACGACUGUGUGCUGAGUGCCAUUGUCCCCCAGUCGCAGCAGAAGAUACCGACGCCUCACCAACCGCCGUACCAGCCUCCACAACCUGAACCAUAUUCCACGCGCCGCAUGAACGAGCUACCGACACCGACGAGCAGUAACCGGCGGGCACCACCAGAGGAGGUAGAUUGGCGGACUUGA